CUUUUGACUUUUGACAGUUGACAUUUUACUUCAUCGCACGUGUGUUAUUUCUGUUUUUGGUGAUUGGGUUUGCUUAUUUCUGGCAUAGUAAUUUUAAUUAAAAUAAUUGUGAUUGUUUUAAAAUGGCGCCGCCAGCAGCAUCAGGCAUCAGCAUCUCAACACAAGCCCAAAAUAAAAAGAUUGUAUUCGAUGACGACGGCCAGAUUUUGGAAGAGGGCGCAAGAGGCAAGGACUUGAAAGGAGCGAAGAAGGAGGGCAAGAAGAAAAAGUUAAAAGGAGACAAAAGGAAAGGAUCGCAUGGACUGCAGGAAGAGCACAAUAAGCAGGAGGACACUGAGAAUGAUGAGAAUGACUACUUUGCCAAACGCGAAAAGAAGCGCCAACAGCAGAAAGAUGAAAAGGAUGAUGCUGAUACAAAUAAAAAAUGGUUUAAUGUUUACCCUGAGUAUCCUUCAUCGGAAGAAGUACUGGACAUGAAAGAGUCUGAGCAAAUGGAAUUAUACAAUUUAUGCAAAAAUGCAUUCGAAGCCGAACUGACGGCUUUUUCCAAGCGUGAUGCCUCAGAUGCCCGUUGGCUGCAAACGGCUUUGCGUAAGGGUACUGCAAAAGAUAGAGCCAACGCUGGCGCCCUUCUGGUUACUAGCAAUCCGUUGGGUAAUUUGGAGGCAUUGAGCACACUAAUUGGCUUUACUAAACAAUCCAAUAAAGCAUCAAAUGAGGUUAUGACCAUAUUAGUAGAUUUAUGGAAAAAGGUCCUACUGCCACCGCAUCGAAAACUCCUAUCCUUGCAAAUGCGUGGCGCUGAUUGGAAGUUAGUGCGUAAAAAUACGACAUUAAGUAAAGAUAAACAGCGACGCAUUUAUGCAUAUUGGUACUUUGAGAAUGAGUUGAAAGACCAGUAUUUUGAAUUUCUAAGAAAUCUUCAACAGGCGAUCCAAACAGGUCAAGAGCACAAUAAAAACGUGGCGAUCGUUGCCGCAUCGCAACUAUUAUCUUUUGCACCUGAAAAAGAACAAAUGAUACUCACUUUACUUAUUAACAAACUUGGUGAUCCCACAGCGAAAGUGGCAUCAAAGGCAUUGCAUCAUCUUAGUGAAGUUGCCCAUCGUCAUCCAAAUAUGUGCGGUGUUAUUGUCGCAGAAUCCGAGAAGCUACUUUUCCGUAACAACAUCUCUGAAAGGGCUCAGCACUUUGCACUUUGCUUCCUAGCAAGUAUCGCAACUUCAGGCCGCCCAGAAGUUUGCACUAAGUUAGUAAAUAUUUGUUUUGCGCUGUUUAAGGUGCUUGUAGAAAAAGGUGCUGUCAACAAUCGGACAAUGCAAGCCAUUUUACGUUGUUUACAAAAGGCGAUUUUAGAGGCAAAGCCAACAGAAGGCUCAAGUGAAAUUCUUAGCAAGGAUAUGCAAGACACAAUCUAUCGGAUGGUACAUUUGGCUGAUAUCCGCGUUUCUGUGCAGACACUUGGUUUGCUUUUGCAGCUAAUGACUGUGAAAACGGAGAAAUCCGAUCGUUUCUACAAUGCACUCUAUAAGAAAAUGCAUGACCUUGAAGUCAUAAACGUGGGUGUUAAAACAGCUGCGCAACUACUUCAUAUCAUCCAUCGGGCAAUACAUAUAGAUGGAAAUGUACAGCGUGCGCAAGCAUUUAUUAAGCGAUUGCUGCAAUGUGCACUUUACAUGCCGCCAAAUAUGGCUGCCGGUUGUCUUAUAGUGAUAAACAAAUUAUUACGUAGCCGCAAAGAGCUGGCAGGUGGUGUAAGUCCGUACGAAACUAAAGAUAAUUCCACCAAUGUUGCACCAACUGCACCUAAAGUGAAAUCCGACGAUGCGGAGCUGUCCAAAUUUGAUAGCGAUGGCGAAGAAAAGUAUGAGGAUAUACGCGAUGAAGAAGAAACUGCAAAUGAAGAGGAUUUGGAAGAACGUAAUGAAUUGGAAGAAUCUAAAAUAAACCCGUCAACGAUUUCCUCAUGGCAUCAUGCAAAAUUGGAAUCAUCUGUAGCCGAUGCAAAAGUACGAGAUAUUGCACCAAACAAAUAUGACCCUUAUCACAGAGUGCCCUCGUUCGCUGGCGCUGAAUUUGCAUUGCGACACGAGUUGUUGCUGCUCCGCGAGCAUUUUCAUCCUACCGUUCAAGUUUUUGCGAAUAAUAUUUUGCAACAAAAAAGGAUCGAUUAUUACGGCGAUCCAUUGCGCGAUUUCGGCUUACCACAUUUUCUUGAACGUUUUGCUUUUAAAAAUCCAAAAAAAUUGGAUCAAAAAGAUGAGGCCCCCAUAAUCACACAUAAACGCUAUGUGUCAUUCGGAACACGUGGAAAACCGGUUAAAUCUCUAACGAAAGCAAAUUGCACUGAAGACGAAAUGUACAUUUUUAAUUUCCUGGAGCAAAAACGCCAACAGACUGUCGUUAAUAAAAUAAAGAAGAAGGAAGUUGCUGAAAAUAAGGAAGAUGAACAAUUGAAAGAAGGCGAGGUUGGAGACGAUGAAUUUGAGGAAUAUCUUGGUAGCUAUUUUGGCAAAAAAGCUAAAGCAGCAGCCGAUGCUGAGGACGGAGAAGAAGAGCUUGACUUCCUCAAAGAGCUAGGCGGAGAAUUAAAAUCUGACAGUAAAAAGAAAAAGAAAAAAGCAUCUAGAGAUGAUGACGAAGAUGAUGUGGAAGAUAUUGAUGCAGAUUGGGGUGAUGAUAAUAUAGAAGAGGGUGAUCUUGCCGGAGAUAACGACGUGUCUGACGAUGAUGACCGUUCGAUUGAUGGCGAGGAAGAUGAUGACGCUGGUUCAAUAUCACUUGAUGAGGGGGAUGGCCCAGACGAUUUAAGCGACGAUGGCGAAGAGAGCAUGUCUGAAGAUAUGAGUGAUGAUGAGGGAGAUGAUGAUGAUGAUGAUGAUGAUGAAGACGGCUUGUCAACUACUCGAAAGAAAAAGUCUCGCAAACGACCAGUUGCAUUGAAUGAAAAGAGUUUCGCAAAGAAACUUAAGCAUAGUGAUGAUAUGAGUUCACUGUUCGCCGCGGCUGAUGAUUUCGCAGAACUGCUAGAAGAAACGGGUAAAACAAAGGGACAUGGUACCUCAAAUGCCCUAUUCAAUAAGGACAAAUCAUCCGCAAAACAAAUGAAAUGGGAAGAAAAACGGCACUCCAAUUCGAAAUCGUACACAAAACGUUCGAAAAAAGUGUUUGCUGGUCAAAGAAAUACUAAUAAGAAGCGAAAAUGAGUUUGUGCAGUAAUUGAUGUUAAUUUUGUAAAAAAAAAAUAUAAUAAAACAAAUUAGUCCUAGAUUUCAAAUUU